UCGCGGUAUUGGUCAUCAACAUUUUUAUAUUCGCGGUGUUCUCUUCGCUUGUCUGCAGUGUCAGAACGGUAAGUAGUACAAUAUAAUUUUCUUCAAGAAGACUUUAGAUUUGAAUAUGUAAUAGUUACUGGAUAUGGCCUAAAGAGUAGUCAGAGCCUAAACUUAUAACGUGAGUACAAAGUAAUGUCAAGGUUAGUUUAGCUUCGCGUUACUGACGGUAACUUUAGGCUUGAAGACGCUUAAUUCAAAUGGACUCAUAAGAACCGUAAACGUUUGAGGGUUCAAAAUUGUUGCUAACUACAUUUUUGACGUAUUAACUUAAAGUUUAGCUAACCUGAGUUGGAACGUUUUAGCGUUUCUCGUUAUCUAGUCGCUAGUUUUUAAAAUACAUGACAAUUCUGAAGUUCUUCCAAGCAACCAAACCAAGCCAUCCAGGGGUAAAAGGUGUCCUGACUACCUUUGAGCCAGAGGCUUCAGACAAGGCUGCAUGCAUUCUUUUGCUUGUGAUGGGAUACUUCAAAGAGCCUAAGGAUGCCAUGGUGAUUGUUGCUGAUACGUGUGCCACAACUACAGAUGUUGAAUGGACAGUGAGGUUACCAACAACGCCAAGCUUGGUUGUCCAAGGUGAUGUUUGAUGAUCUAAUUUUUAUCAUAUACUGCAUGUAGAUUGCAUACAUGCAACAUCAUGCAGCAGAGCUGACGUUCAGUGGAGCCUCUCUGUCUGCUUUAUCAGGCAGAGGUGAGUUGGUGAGAGAAAAGGAGACACUGAAAGUCAGCUCAGCUGCAGAACUGGUUCUGUUUCCAUAAACACAGCUACAGGUUACUGAUUCCGGAGGUAACAAGCGUCUAACCAUACAGUAGCAGCAUUGAGUCUUUGUCAACAGCUCUGCUUGCACCAGUUCUACAGUAGCUACAGAUCUGAACACUAACAUUUACCAGUGUCCUGAUCUGUUCUGUGUGUAAAUUCAAUUUACACCUCACACGUUGGUUCUGUUUGUGCAUCAGCAAAGUAAACAGAGCAUUACAUAAUACAGUUAAGAACAUGCUCAAACUAUUCAACAUGUUGCACAUUUUUGUUUAUCACAGUAGCUGGAAACUCAGUUACCACAGCGCACUUGUUCAGAACCAUAGAACCAUAUGAUAUCAGGAACUACCACUGCUUGUCCAGAUGCCUCCUGUUAGACUUGUGUUCUCAUAUGUGUUAUUAUAAUAUCUGUUUAUCUAUUAUUUUAUGUAGACAUUUUUGUUGCACUAUAUUAUUGAGACUAGUGUCACUUUAUUUUAUAGUAAUGUGAUAAAAUGACGUCACUUCCCGUUUUCUUCCUGUUAAGAUGUUAAAAGCGCGAAUAAAUGUUGUGCCGCGCACUUGUUAAAUAAAAGACAACAAAGCAAGAUCCUACGUGUGCAUUAUUGAACAAAGAUAACAGACGGAGGAGACAAUGUUACGAGCUCAACACCUACUUAUCAAAUGUGGUUGUACCAUUCAGAUAAGUGUUUCCAUCCAAUUCCUAAGAAAUGCUUUAAAGGGAGGACACAGGGAUAGACUUCAAUAUACUGCUAUAAAGGUGGCGGUAAUGAACCUUAAGAGGCCAGUGACGUAUAACACAGUGACGUAUAACACCACAUAAAAGGAAGAAGGAGAAGAAGGAAAAGGCGGAAGGAGGGACAACGUUAGAUCGAAGUCUUUGUUCCGUCAUCUUGAAGGCCACAUUUAGAGCAGAGAGCUGCUGGAUUCUAGCGACCAGGACCCCCAUGGAUCAGUACAAAUUUGAAAUAAAAGAGGAGGACUUGGACAUUUAUCAAGAACAGUACAAGAACGAUACGGAACAGCAGGAACCAAGGUUAACCGAGCAGGAACGGUCCAUUAGCAGAAUAAAAGAGGAGCAGCAGGACCUUGGUUUAAUCGAGCAGGAACGGUCCAUUAGCAAAUUAAAAGAGGAGAAAAACGACCUGGGUUUAACUGACCAGCACCGGUCCACUGGCCGAAUAAAAGAGGAGCAGGACCACUCCACUAGCGGAGCUGAGGAGGAGCAGCAGGACCUCGAUCGCGCUGGUCCCACAGAUCAACAGAAGCAAACAGGAAUACGAGCUUCAAGACUGUAUCAGGAAUUUGGCAAAGCCUUUACCAGACCAUUGGAGCUAAAGAAUCAUCAGAAGAGUCAUUCUGGAGAGAAACCAUACAGCUGUGACAAGUGUGACAAAACCUUUACUGCAAGAAGCAGCCUAAAGACCCAUCAGCAAAUUCAUACAGGAGAAAGACCACACACCUGCACCCAAUGUGGUGCAGCUUUCCACUGUUUAAGUGCUUUGAGAAGGCACUAUCAUAUCCACACUGGAGAGAAACCUCAUUUAUGUGACCAAUGUGGAAAAGCAUUCUCUCGGCUCAGUCUCUUACUGCGGCACCAGCUUGUUCACACUGGAGAGAAACCUCACUCUUGUGAAGAGUGUGGAAAAGCAUUCUCUCGGCCCAGUCACUUACUGCGGCACCAGCUUGUUCACACUGGAGAGAAACCCCACUCAUGUGAACAGUGUGGUAAAGUAUUCUCUCGGAUCAGUCACUUACUGAAUCACCAACGCGUUCACACUGGAGAGAAACCUCACUCAUGUGAACAGUGUGGUAAAUCAUUCUCUCAGCCCAGUAGUUUAGUGACACAUCAACUUGUUCACACUGGAGACAAACCUCACUCAUGUGAACAGUGUGGAAAAACAUUUUCUGACAGCGGUAGUUUACUAAAACAUCAUCGCAUUCACACUGGAGUAAAACCCUACUGGUGUGAACAGUGUGGUAAAACAUUUUCUAGGCCUUGCAGUUUAGUGACCCAUUAUCGUAUUCACACUGGAGAGAAACCUUACUCAUGUGAACAGUGUGGAAAAGCAUUUUCUAAAAGCAGUAAUUUACUAAAACAUCUUCAUCUUCACACUGGAGAGAAACCACAUUCAUGUGACCAAUGUGGAAAAGCAUACUCUCGGCUCAGUCACUUACUAAGACACCAGCUUGUUCACACUGGAGAGAAGCCUUACUCAUGUGAACAGUGUGGAAAAACGUUUUCUGACAGCAGUAGUUCACUGAGACACAAACAUGUUCACACUGGAGAGAAGCCUUACUCAUGUGAACAGUGUGGAAAAGCAUUUUAUAGAAAUAGUAUUUUACAGAAGCACCUUUAUAUUCACAAUGGAGAGAAACCUCAUUCAUGUGACCAAUGUGGAAAAGCAUACUCUCGACGUGGUCACCUACUGAGACACCAGCUAGUUCACACUGGAGAGAAGCCUUACUCGUGAAGUGUGGAAAAACGUUUUCUGACAGCAGUAGUUCACGGAGACACAAGGAUUCUAAUUUAUAUUAAUCGAAGACCAUGGAUAUAUUCUCUUGUUUAUCUAUCUUAAAUCUAACAGGAUUGCCCCUCUUCAUUAUCUUCUCAAAAGCUGAACUGUCAUAUACAGUUACAUACAUACAUACUUGGCAAACACUCUUUCUCAGACUCCCCAGCCAGCACCAGGAGAUAACAGUUGUAAACCUGGAAUGUGGAAUAAUGCAAAGAAAGGUCUUUUCUUUGGACCUGAAAGUUCUGAAUUGGACACACCGGAAACUUCAGGUGUCAUAAGACUGACGUGGUUGUAUUCUUUGGACAAUGUGCUUUACUUGAUGUGAAUUUGAUUUUGUAAGAUGUUUAGUAACUGACCAUGCUAAUGUUAGCUUUUGUCAUGUUACCACGGGGCUUGUUUGUUUUACCUGUUUGAGUGUGUGUGUUAGCUUGGCGCAGGUGCUGGAAAUACACUCACUAUUGGUAAAUUUCCAUGAGUGAUACCAUUAUUAUAUGAUAUAUAUUUUGGACAAAUGGAUUAUAUUAUACAGUAUUGUGGUUCUUGUAUUGAGACGUUUGAUACUUGUAAAUAUGAGCUCUAUUGAUUAUUACUGAAAUUGUUGUAAACGAAAAUGUUGAAAUUGUGUUGUAUACCAUAUAACAAUGUAAUUCGGACCUUACCUCACUCGUCUUCUGUUGGUGCGGUAGGAGGUGUGACGGCCAACGUUCUACACACACCUCACAUCUAACUGAGGCUUGAUCAGUCUAUUAUGGACAUAAGUUACUGAUGGGUUUCCUCAUCGGAUUGAACUUGAGUUGCAAUUCAUAUUGUAAAUAGAAAUAAACGCUCACUUUGCACUC